AUGAUGGCCGCACUCUUUAUUCAGCCGGCCUGUGCAACACCGGAUCUUCAGGCGGGCUUUUCGCCGGAAGGCUCUGCGCAGCAGUUGAUCAUGCGCACCAUCAGUGACGCCGGACAGGAAAUCCGGCUGAUGGGCUACUCAUUCACCUCACCGGAGAUUGCCCGGGCACUGAUUGACGCCAGAAAGCGGGGUGUGGAUGUCCGGGUUGUCCUCGAUGCUGAAAGUAACAAUAACAAAUACAGCCGGGCGGCCAUCAACACACUGGUGCUUGCCGGCAUCCCGGUCAGAACGGUGAACAGUUACAAAAUACUGCAUGACAAAGUCAUCAUCACUGACCGGACAAAUGUGGAAACCGGCAGCUUUAACUUCAGCCGUGCCGCCAGUCGCGCAAAUUCAGAGAACGCCAUCGUGAUCAGGAACGCGCCUGAUAUUGCGAAAGCGUAUCUGAAACACUGGCAGUCCCGCUGGGAACAGGGGCUGGCCUGGACACUGCCCUACUGA